AUGGUUUUCUUCACACAGUCUCUCGCCCUGGCGGCCCUAUCUUUGACGCGUGCUGCUUCUGCCCUUCCGGGACUUAGCGAUCUUUCCUCUCGGGCCGUAUCCUCGACUCAGCUUUGCGGAGACUACUCUAACCUUAUCCUUCCCAACACGCCAUGGAUUGUCUACAACAUGCUGUACAAUGCCGCUCAGAUAGUCGGCACGCAAUGCACUAAUUAUGACGGAGUCACCACAAGCGUCAACGGCACCAACGAGGUUCUUUGGAGCAGCGUGACCAACAUCGACUAUGUCGAAAACACGUAA